GCUGGACCAAUGAGAUAGCGACAACUAGUAACCUCAGAAUACUUUAUCCUUUCUUGAUUAGACAACUUCAUUUGCCGGCAUCGUAUGCUAAGCAAUGUUUCGUUUUAUGUUUUUAUUCCCCUCAUUUCUAUUAUUCUUUCUAUUAAAUGAAAUAAAUUGCUCUGGCGAUGUUCUGGAAUUAACUGAUAGUGAUUUUAACACAAGAAUCAAAGAUUAUGACUCUAUGCUUAUUAUGUUUUAUGCUCCAUGGUGCGGACAUUGUAAAAAAUUGAAGCCUGAGUUUGAAAAAGCUGCAUCACUAUUAUUGGCACAUGAUCCUCCGGUUACUUUAGCUAAGGUUGAUUGUACAGAAGCCGGAAAAGAGACUUGUAAUAAGUUUUCAGUAUCUGGGUAUCCUACGCUUAAAAUCUUUAAGAAUGGAGAUUUAUCAAAAGAGUAUAAUGGCCCUAGAGAAGCAGCUGGAAUUGCUAAGUAUAUGAAAGGGCAAGUUGGGCCUAGUGCCCGAAAUCUACCUGCAAAGGAUUCUCUCAAUAAAUUUUUAGAUGAGCCAGACCUGGCAGUUGUAGGAUUUUUCGAAGAAUCUGCUAAAUCAAAAGAUGAUUUCUUAAGAGUUGCUGAUAAACUAAGAGAAAAAUACCGCUUUGGAAUUACUUCUAGCCAAGAAAAUUUAGAAACUUACCAAAAUAAAGUGGUUUUAUUCCGUCCUAAACAUUUGCAUAACAAAUUUGAACCAUCCAGUAUCGAAUUUGAAGGUGAAAUAAGCGAUGGACUUGAGUCAUUCCUUAAAAAGAACAUACAUGGAUUAGUGGAUCAUAGAACUAGGGACAAUGCUGAAGAAUUUAGCAAUCCACUUGUUGUUGCCUAUUACAAAGUCGAUUAUAUUAAGAAUCCAAAAGGUACCAAUUAUUGGCGAAACAGGAUAAUUAAGGUUGCUCAAUCAUUUUCAAAUGAUUUUAACUUUGCUAUUAGUGCCAAAGAUGAUUUCCAACAUGAAUUAAAUGAAUUUGGUUACGAUUAUGUUCCUACUGAAAAACCCAUUGUUUUCGCUCGUUCCAAAGAUAACAAGAAGUUCAUCAUGUCAGAUGAGUUUUCAGUUGAAAAUUUUGAAAAAUUCUUAAACGAUCUCAAAGCUGGAACAUUGGAUCCUUACUUGAAAUCUGAACCUGUUCCUCAGAAUAAUGAUAAACCAGUUAAAGUUGCUGUGGCCAAGAAUUUCGAUGAAGUUGUGACUAAUAAUGACAAAGAUACACUGAUUGAAUUUUAUGCUCCUUGGUGUGGACAUUGUAAGAAACUCACUCCAGUUUAUGAUGAACUUGGUGAAAAGUUAAAAGACGAGGAUAUAGCUAUCGUUAAAAUGGAUGCAACUAGUAACGAUGUACCCUCACCUUAUGAAGUUAGAGGGUUUCCUACCAUAUACUGGGCACCCAAGGAUCGUAAAUCUUCUCCUGUUACUUAUAAUAGUGGCCGAGAGUUGCAAGACUUCAUUAAAUAUAUUGCAAAAGAAGCAACUUCUGAAUUAAAAGGAUACAACAGGGAUGGAUCUCCCAAGACCUCAGAUAAAGAUGAGCUGUAAUUCUAAAGCUUUUUGUUAAUAAUUAAUGCUAAUUUGAAAUUUUUAAGCUGUCCCAUGCCACUGUACUAAUAUUGUACUGCUAUUAAGUUCAUAUUUUUUGUGUAUGUUGUCAACAAUUAUUACAGUAAAUUGGUGGUCAGCAUUUUUAUGUUUAGAAAAAAAAAAUAGAAAUAUAGUUUCUGUCAUUGAAUAAAUACAAGAAAACAAAUCAAACAAAUGUUAAAAUAAAGCUUUAAUCAUAUUCCAUCAAUGAUUAAAUAUGGUGAAAAAUAAUUGAAUAACCUAGAGAUGAAUUACAGUUUGACUUCGAAGGCUUAAUUAUAAUGAUGAAUAGUCAAGGAUAUCGGUCUCUUGUUAUAGUAAUAAUAAUAAAAAGAGACUGAUAUUUGUUAUUCUAAUGAACAAUUAAUGAAUUACAUGAGAAACUAAUAGUUGAAAUGUGUUUCUGGGAAAUUGCUCAGUAACAGUUCAAUUAUUUAGUCAUUGUGCCUUUUUAGGUCCCGCCUGAAAAAACAAAAACAAAAUAAAACUGAAUUAUGAACGGAUGUAAUAAUAAAUUGAAAUAAAUUAUUUUAGAUAUGUUUCUUUCUAAAUACUUCUAGGUUUGUGCAAUAUACCUGUACAUUAUGAAUAUAAUGGCAAUAUAAAUAUGUACUUGUAGCAAUAUCUUGUAUGAUUUGAAAUAUGCAAUCUAUGAAUUUUUAAGUAUGAUUAUUGUUUUAAUUAAUUAAAAGCUAAAUGUUUUAAUCUUUCAAGAUUUCUAAAUUAGAUGGUUAUAAGGUGUACAAAGAAAAAUACUAGUUAAAUAAUUCUUUGUUUACAUGUCUGAUAGUAAAAAUAAAGUAAUAGAAUAAUUUUGUGAUUCUUUUAUCUUUUUGAAAGCUUUUCAUUUCAUUUCAUUGCAUUAUAUACUACAUGUUAUUAAUAUGAGUUUUAUUUUGUUUUGAUCUAAUAAUUUUUGCAUAUUUAAAUUUCUAUUAAUUUUUUGUCUUAUGAACUGUAAUUAAAAUAUUUAUUAAAUGAAAAUAUUUUAAAAUAAAUUUAUCAUUUCUUGUUAAUAAAUAUAUUUCCACACACUGUUAUGUGAUAAACUUACUCAGAUUUUAAAUAUUGUGUUUAUUUUAUAAGAUUUAUCAUUCCAUUAAUUUUCGUAGACUGAAAUUUUAUUUUAUUUUUAUGUUGUAAAAUUAUUUAUUUUAUUGAUGAUAAAAUAAAUAAAUAUUAAUUUAGUUCUGGAAAUGAAGCCAUGAAUUUUUAAUGUAAAUCAAAUUAGGCUUUUUGUUUAAAGUUAUAAUUUAUAUUGUAGUACUAUGGAUAUAGAAAAAUUUAAAGAGUGAUAGUACUUUGCUUAUUUUUUAAAAACCAAUUAGCAUGAAUUGUAUUGAUAAUGAUCCAUUUGAAAUUUAAUAUUCUGUUUUAUAGAAUCUCUUUAGCUAGAGUAAAAUAGUUUAAAUAAAUCCACCUAUGUAAUUUAAAUAUUACUGAUUCUUAAAAAAAAAAUCAUAUUGUCUUUUAGUUAAAAUUUCAUUAAAUGUUUUUGCACAAUAAAGUUAAGGCUAUUUUAUAGUAAAGAUGUUGAAUAUCUUCCAAUAAGGCAUAUCCAGCUACUAUAUAAUUUAACAAUUCUAAAAUAUAUUUAUAUUGAAGAGUAAACAAAAUAAAAUUUUAUACAAUUUCUAAAAAAGAAAAUCACAUUUUUCCUGUUGUCUCUUUUUUCUUUUAUCCUUUGAUUCCAAAUUCUAUGAGGAUAGGUCUAUGGGACAUUUAUUUGAAACUUGAUUGAAAUGUGUUAAUUACUGCCAAUUUGAUUGGUAUAUGCCUGGCAUUGGUUAUUUUAUAGUUAUGAAUUUUUAUAUAUUUCCAAUGAUUACUAAAAUAUAUGUCAAGAGUUUCAUUUAUUGGGAUUAUGUUCAUCAUUAGUUUUUCUUUGGCAGACUAAAAUCUUUGUAUUAUUUAAAUUAUUUUUUUAUUGUGAUUUAACUUAAUGAACAAACCAAUGAAAUUUGUACUUCUACGAAUCAACAUUUUUACCAAUUUAAUUCUAGAUUUGAAGAAUAGCUGAGAAGUUUCUAUUACAUGAAAUCUAAGUUAAUGGUUCUAUAUUCUAAAAUAAGAGCACUGGCCUCACCUGCUUGCUUGUUUGCUAUAUGUAGAUACUGCAGCCUUUUAAUGGCUAAGUUUUGCUAUCUAGAGAUUUUAACCAGAGUAGGAGUAGUGCGAUUAAAGUAGAACUAUCAAAGUAAUUCUUAGCAGUAAUUAUUUAUUUAAAAAUUAAACAGUUUUUUUUUGGGUCGAGGAUGUCAAACCUUCAUAUUGAGUAAUAUAUUUAAUGUUGUGAGUGGGCUUACUGAAAAUGUAUUGUAGAAAUAUGGUGGCAGUACAGAAGAACAAAUUACUGCAAUUCACAAUUAGUAGUUUUAAUUAUUUAUAAAAUAAUUGUACUGUAAGUACAAUUUUUUUUUCAAAAAAGUGAGUUUUAUAUAAUUUUAAUUUGGUUCAUGCUUAAUUGUUCAUCACAAAAAUAGUUAUAUAUAUUUUAAAUUGUCUUUUAUUCAUUUGCUUAAAGCUGAUGGAAAAGGGCAAAUGCACAACGGAUUACUCUUUCUGUAUAAAAGUUUUCCCCCAAAAAAUUAGUACUUCUCUAUUGCAGUCAACGUUCAUCUUAUUUUUUUCCAUGGGAUUUGAUUUUGUUGUUCUGUAAUUAUUUACACAGUUGAUCUGCAAUUGGUGAUAGUAUACCGAUAAUUAUAAUGCACCAAAACCUAUCAAUAGUAGGUCUUGUGAACUUUUAUUUUUACUCAAAAUAUUUCACUUAUUAAAAUUAAAUUUUAAUUAAAAUUAAAAAAAGUUAGAGAACCGUUAUGGUGCUCUUUUAGUAAUUUUAAGGGACCUUGGCAGCAACUUAAAUAUAUUAUAGUCCUAAUAGGACAUAUGUAUGCUGUACUAUAUUUUUUUUUUUUAAGAUUCCUUAUUUUUCACAUUUUAAUUUAAAGGUGAAACUAUUUUGUAAGUCACUUAUUUUUUUUUAAACAAAAAAAAUAUUUUUUAGUAGAAUUUUUUUCUCAAGGUCAUUAGCACCCAUUCAUAAAAUUUUAAAUUUAUGAAUUUUAUUUUAUAGAUUAUAGUUAAACCUUAUUAUAUUCAUAUUGAAGUGUAUACCUGUUUUGAGUGACUUAAUUUUUAAG